AUGAGACUCAUCCAAGUUCUUGUGCUUGGCUGGGCGAUGCUCAUCGCAGCAGAGGAGUGUGAGGUCAAGGGCGCGUCCCUGAUCCAAGAUCGCACUGCCAGCAAGAGGCAGCCGCUGCCGCCGCCCAACCAGGGAGGUCCCGACUCGCCCCUCUUCGUGUCGGAGACGGAGACCACGACAACGGAACACGCGGCCAGCACGGCGGCCAGUACCACUGGCGGCCCUACGCCCGGCACUCUCAGCACCACGGCCUUCACUACUACCACAGCCAGCACCACCACGAGCUCCAAGGAGAAGUCCAGCUGCAGUGCGCUGUCGCCUUUCCUGGCACUCUCGGCGGCUCGGGACGUUGUUGCGCAAACUCCCUGGCUGCACAACUUUCUUCAGCAGCCAAACUCUAGACCCUGGUCCACUUGGCGAAGCUAA